AUGUCCACCCGCGCCUCUGUAGUUGCCGUCUGCCAUGGCGGUGGACCACUGCCAGUCCUCAACGACCCUGGUCACGCCGAACUCAUAAAAUCGAUGUCCACUCGCGUUCCCAAGAUUCUCAAGCUUGGGACACCCCAAGCACCACGUGCCAUCGUCCUCGUGACUGCACAUUGGUCUGAAAGGCAACCGACUAUCAGUAAUGCCUCGUCACAUAGUCUGUAUUAUGACUAUGGCGGUUUCCCGGCUGAGGCGUACAAGUUGAAAUAUCCUGCACCGGGAAGUCCGGGGGUUGCGGAGGAGGUGUUUGAUGUUUUGAAGGGGGCAGGGUUUCAGCCGAAGAUGGAUGAGAAGAGGGGCUGGGAUCACGGUGUUUUCAUACCAAUGCUCCUCAUCAACCCAAAAGCAGACAUCCCUAUCGUCCAGCUCUCAGUCAUGCAAUCAGCCUCUCCAAAACAGCAUUUCGAGAUGGGCAAAGCACUCGCUCAAUUACGAGAUUCCGGCAUCGCCAUCGUAGGAAGCGGUAUGCCAACGAUGCACAAUCUCCGUGCUAUCUUCUCAGGUCAAGCAAGUGAGAGUAAUUACAUGAGAAAGAAUAAAGAGUGGAGUGAUCGUCUGACGAAGACGGUCACUAUCAAGGAUGCAGAAGAGAGAGGGAAGACGUUGGAGGGGUUUAGGGAUUGGGUGGGAAGUAAAGAGGCACAUCCUAUUGGUGGAGAGGAGCACUUUCUGCCGUUGGUGGUUUGUGCGGGUGCGGGGGGAGAUGGAGAGGCUAGGGCUUUUGGUGAUGAUCUGAUGGGCUCGAAGCAUUUCUCGUAUUACUGGGAAUGA